AUGGGACUUCACUUGCUCUGUAGAGUUGCCUUGUUUGGCAUCUCAGUCCAUGCUCUGGCCUUCCCUGGCCCCCAACCCACUCAACAGUCCGCCGAUGAGCUCCAGGAGUACUUUGCUGCUCAUGGCUGGACGCCCAAGCCGACGGCAGCUCCUAGCCCGCGCCAGGUGUUGCGUCGCCAGAAGGAGCUUGCAUCGACCUACCUGUUUGCCCCUGAUGAGACUUGCGGCUAUCUUGAUGGUUCAUCACGAUCUCCCUAUGGCUGCGACUCUGGCGAGCAAUGCAUUUUCCUUGCCCCUGUCGACAAGCUCGAGGGCGCUGUCGGCUGCUGCAGUGGCGGCACCUGCAACUUCAAGGUCGCCUGUGUCGACAGGGCCGACAUGGAUGAUUGCGACAAAGACUGCCGCAAUGACCCUGCCACUCUGAAAUGCUCUGGGAUAAUUGACCGUUAUUGCAACACCAUCUACUACCCCCAGGGAAUGAUCGACUAUGUCUGCAGCUUCAGGCAGGCCGAUACCAUUAUUAGGGCCUCCAUGACUUACAGCGGCCAGAAGGACAGGACAUUUUCGACUAGUGUCAGCGGUGCUAAAACCACUUCGACUUCUUCAUCGACUCGUUCCUCAACCACCACCCGCAGUAGCACUACGACGACUUCAACGACCUCGUCUUCUACCGAGUCCUCUACCGAGUCCUCUUCGACUGACGUUACUUCCGAGUCUUCAACCACCACCGAGUCUUCGUCUUCCUCUACGGCUUCUGCAACCACGACCGAGACUGCUGCUCCGGCUGAGACGAGCUCUGCCGAGCCCGAGACCGAGAAGUCAUCCACGAACGUCGGGGCUAUCGUGGGCGGUGUAAUCGGCGGUCUUGCCGUAGUUGCCUUGAUUGCCAUUGCUGCCAUUCUCCUGCGCCGGAAUCGGCAGAAGUACGCCAACGCCGACCAAAUUCCUGACUUCAAUACUUCGCAACCAGCCAUGACGAUGAAGGAGUCGCCCACUCACUCGCAGCCGGCCCGAUUUUCUUUCCAGCAAGAAUCUGCCGAGACUGCGACGUUCCCGUCCGUAUCUCAGUCCCAAGCCCCUUCGACGCAGACACCCGGUUUCGACGGUCCUUCUACUGCUGCUGCUGGUGGUGGUGGCGGUGGUAGUAGUAGCGGUGGUGGUGCUGCUACUGCUGCCGCUGCAGCUGCAGUUGCAGGUGCUGCAGCAGGCGUAGCUGGUGCAGCCUCAGCAGCUAGUGCCUACCGUAAUCAGAACUCGGCUCAGUAUCCUCCACGCUAUCCGAACCAGUCUCCGAGGCCUCCACAAUCGCCGAGUCCGGGUCCUCAGUACCAGCAGCCUGCUUACCCUCAGCCGAGCUACUACCCGCCACAGCAGCAGUAUCAUCACCAGCAACAGUAUCACCACCAGCAACAGUAUCAGCAGCCGCACUACCAGCAACCUCACUACCCACAACAGCAACCCUUUGGCGGUCCUGGUCCUCGUCAUCCUGCCGAUUACCAUCAUGGCGGUCCUGGUCCUCGUCAUCCUGCCGAUUACCACCAUGGCGGCCCUAAUUAUCCGCAUGACUCCUGGAUGCCGAUGCCUCCUUCCGGCCAGCGCCCUGGCUACGGGAUCCCUCCAGGUCCCCCGAAUUACCCCGUCCCUGAACCCAUCGACCGUCACUCUUCGACUUCAACUCCGGUGUCUGCUUACAAUAUCGCUCCGGCUGUGACGCCUGUGUCGGCCUUGAACGCUAACCCGUCUGAACAGCCUGGCCAUUAUCAUUCUCCGAGCCCUCCGGUCCCUCCUGUCGGUCCUCUGCCAAACAUCCCGACCUCGUCUUCUACUGCAGCAUCAAUUGCCGCCGCAAUGGCUGCUGCAUCUGCAACUUCUACUUCGGGACCUUAUGGUUCUCGUCCCGGCUCUCGUCCCGGCUCUCGACCACCAUCGAGACCAUCUCCUCCUCCGCAAGACGGCGGUGCGGGCAUUCCUUCCAACGUCCCUCCUGCACUUCGCCCCGGAGGUGACAAGCAGUUCCAACCUUAUCGCAGGCCGCAAGCAGGUUCGGUGUCAUCUGGUGUGGGUGUGGCCACAGUAGCCGUACCUAUUAGGAAGGGAAGCGUAAGGGCUGUCUCCACAGGCGGGAAUAGGUCGUCGCCUCCUCCCCCGCCGACGGCGCCGUUGCCCGAGGUUCCGGGCCAGCAGGGUCAGCAGCAGCAGGGUGAGAGGUCAAGUCAGGAGUCGAGCCAAGGGCAAGGAUCUGGGUCGAGCCCGGCUGCCUCGCCGCAGAUGCCGCAGACGCCUUUCCUGUCACAAGCACAGGUUGCUCAACCGCAGUCGCCAACGCAGCAGCUUCCUCCGCAAACGCCAUAUCUGGCGCAAGCGCAAGUCCAAUCGCCGCAACAAGCACAACCUGUGCCCCCAGUACAACCGCAGCAGCAGCAGCAGCAGCAGCAGCAGCAGCAACCUCCUCAGCAUCAUCAGCAGGAGCCGGCUGAGCUGCCUUGA